AUGGCCAACUACCUAGCGUCUAUCUUCGGCACCGAGCAAGACAAAGUCAACUGCAGCUUCUACUACAAGAUCGGGGCAUGUCGGCACGGGGACCGGUGCUCGCGCAAGCACGUCAAGCCGUCGUACUCGCAGACGAUUCUGCUGCCCAAUCUCUACCAGAACCCGGCCUACGACCCUAAGAGCACCAUGAAUGCUAGCCAGCUGCAGAACCACUUCGACGCCUUCUACGAGGACUUUUGGUGCGAGAUGUGCAAGUUUGGCGAGAUUGAGGAGGUGGUUGUCUGUGAUAAUAAUAACGACCACCUCAUUGGCAACGUAUACGCGCGGUUCAAAUACGAAGACAGCGCGCAACAAGCGUGCGACGCGCUGAACGCGCGCUGGUACGCCGCGCGGCCCAUCUACUGCGAACUCUCCCCCGUAACCGAUUUCCGCGAGGCAUGCUGCCGCCUCAACAGCGGCGAGGGCUGCGUCCGCGGCGGCUUCUGCAACUUCAUCCACCGCAAGGUCCCUAGCCCCGAGCUGGAGCGCGAGCUCGACCUCUCGACCAAGAAGUGGCUGCGCAUGAGGGGUAGGGAUCAGCGCAGUGAGAGUCGGAGCCCCAGCCCUGAGCCGACGCGGCGGAGGCAUUGA